AUGGAAGACCUGGCCGACUCCAUCUGCAACACGAUGGUCACCCUGGGCGUGGGGAUCAUCACCAAGGAUGCAGGAGCAAUCGCCUCUGCUAUCACGGUUCGAGGAGGCCAUAAAAAAAGCCUCUCGAUUGUCCACAAACAUCGCAACCUACAGAUCAUAGCCACGGUGGCCAACGUCGCCGGCAUCACUGCCAAAUCCAAGCUGGUGGACCUCCGCGUGCAGGCCAUUAGGUAUCAGGCAGAGACCUGUUUGACGGACUUGAAGUAUGGGGCCUUCAACUCCCAGACAGAUCACGUUGCGAAGCCGUCAACUACUACAUGGAGGGAUGGCAAGGGCGCGGUUCAGGCGAUCUCUGACAUUGGUUUUGCCAUGCCUGAUGUUUUCCGUUGA